GGUAAUUUCCUGUUUGAGCGACUCUGGGACGGCGACUCUCCGCUACAGCUCGAAGGACCGUCUAUAAACUCCUGUUGAUUUCCGGCUCGAAGGCGAAAGAUAUCGCGGACAGUUGAAGUUUGUUUUUGUUUUUUUCGCCUCCGGAGCUUGGAUUCGGUGGAUCGGUCGGGACCGCGUGUGGUUCCGGGGUGAGGUUGAGGGUGGUGAAGACACCUGAGCAACAGGUGCCAGAAACGCUCGCUCACUCACUCACUCGGGAUGAGUGUGAAAAUUGGGCCCCAAGGAAUCCAUGUUGAUCAGUCUGAGCUGCUGUGUAAAGAUGGCUGUGGUUACUAUGGCAACCCGGCCUGGCACGGAUACUGCUCGAAAUGCUGGAGGGAAUGGAAUCGGAGGCAGCAGCAACAGGAUGAACAUCUGAAUAAAGAGAUGAACAAUGAAGGGUCCACAAAUUCACUGGUUGCAGGGGCCACCAGCCUACUGUUCAACUUUUCAAAGUUUGAGAAGAAGAGGAGCAGUGAGAAGGGGCGUCGAGUGAGCACCGUGAAGAAAUUAUUUGGCUCCAAAGCCACCCCCAGACAAGAGAUCCAGCAUUUCCCCACAGUCAGCUCGCCAACAUCCACACCGGUACAUUCUGGGGAUUUCACAGAUUUCCUAAAGUCGCUUUGGAAGCCGUCCAUUCAGGUCAUCCAGAAACGCUGUGUCCAAUUUAUUGAGCAUCUUCAGGCAAGGCAGGAUUUGACUAUAGAGGCACAAUCUGAACUAGCACAAGACUUUUACCAGAAUAUUGCAGUAUGCUUUAAUGGUUUCUCCUCUGAGCAAAAGGACAGGAUGAUGGACAACAUCGAAAAAUUCAUCAUGACCCAGCUGUAUAAGACCGUGUUCUGUCCUGAUAUCUCAGAGGAUGAACACAAGGAUUUGGCAAUACAACAGCGUAUACGGGCUCUUCACUGGGUGACCCCUGAAAUGCUCAGAGUUCCCCUUGAUGAGGACAAGCCAGAGGUCACCGAACAUCUUGUGUCUUCUAUCACAGCAAUCGUGAAGAUGGAUUCUAAGCGAGCUCCACAGGAUAAACUGGCCUGUAUCUCAAAAUGCAGCAGACAUAUUUUCUCUGCAAUCCAAAUCUCCAAUGAAAAGCCAGCAGCUGCAGAUGACUUUCUCUCCAGUUUGAUUCAUGUGGUGCUGAAGGUGAACCCUCCCCGGCUGCAUUCGAACAUCCAGUACAUUAUCCGCUUUUGCCACCCGAAACGACUGAUGACUGGUGAGGCAGGUUACUACUUUACCAAUCUGUGCUGUGCUGUUACCUUUGUUGAGAAGUUGAAUGGCCCCUCUCUCAAUCUCUCUCAUGAGGAAUUUGAACAAUAUAUGCAAGGUCACAAACUGUCUGCUAAAAAGACUCCGAGCUCCCCCUUCCUUUACAGUGCAGACCCUGGCAUUCAGAAGAUGCACAAGAAUCUGCAGCUGCUCCUCUCUGAAGUGUGGGAGAGACAGGACCAUAUUAUUAAAGAGGUGAAGAAACUGGAGCAGGAGGUUCUCGAAUGGAAACGUUCUGUUAAGGAGGAGGUCGAGGAAACCAUUGAAAAAUUUCCACUCUGUAACACUUUGAAUCCAGAAUGAGGUAUUUUGGAAAUUGGGUCUGUGUAACUGUGACUUCCACUAUUUGUAGAGAAUCAAAUUUUGCACAAUAAUUAGAUUGCACAAAUGAAGUAGGUUUUUAUAAAACUUGAAUGCACAAUAAAACAAGCAAAAUGUUUCAUUACGUCUAACUUCCCAUUCAAUAGUUUGGCAUCAGGAAUUUAAAUUUAUGUUACCUUAAUCUUGUGGCCAUUCUUCAGUAAUAACAGGAGACACAAGGAAAAUUGGCACCCCAGAAAGUUCUACUGGAUUCCUAUUGUGAUUAUGACAUUGUAGCGCAUUCUGGUCUGUUUGUUGUGUCGCAGAAAUAUGAUCCACAGAGCACAGUAAUAAAGAGUGAAGACCUUUCAGGGAUGGAGGGGGAGGAGAGAGCAUUUUAUAUGACAUUGUCAGAGUGAGAAGGAAACGGAAUGAAAAUAUUUUUUGUUCUGAUCAGGAAUGUGACUUCAUUCUGCCUCUAGUAACCCCAUCAAUAGAACCACUAGAGGGCAUAUCAGUUCUUUCAAAUACAGAUUUGAACUGAGUCCUGGACAGCUAUGUGAAGGUUUAUAAUUUGUGAUGGAAAUAGUAGUAGAUCGUUCAGUUAUUCAGUGAGAUCAUGCCUGAUCUUUUACCUCUGUAUCCCUCCUCCUCCACUAACUCCAUAUCCCUUAUGUAAAAAUCUAUCUAUCCAUCUUGAAUAUAGUCGGCAGCUGGGUCUUCACAAGCCUUGGAUAGUGAACUACAAGAUUUGCUAUUGUCUGGGUGAAGAAACUUCUCACCUUAUUCUGAGAUUGUGUCCCUUCCACCCCAUGCCCCAUUUUUAACUACCUCAGUCAGAACAAAUGCCAUCCCUGCAUCCACCCUGUGAAGUCACUUUAAAAAAUGUAUAUGUGGAUAAACUUCUUCUUCUAAACUCGUUUAAUUCUCUCUGCGCAAGACAAACUCAUUGCCCCAGAAAUUGAUCCUGUAAAGCUUUUCUGCACUCCCACUAUUGAAAGUAUAUCCAGUCACAUUUCCAUUGUGGCAUUGAAGCAGGCUAUUGUGCCAGCUCUUGGCUCACGCCCAUUAGUCCAGUCUCUUCCUCACUGGACUGCCCCACUUUACGUCUAUGCAUCCUGACUACUCUCAAUAAAUAUCAACUUCCCCAAAUUUCCUUCCAACUGUCCAUACUAGGGGUCAUUUACAUGGCCAGUCAACCUAUCAGUACAUAUUUAGGAUGUGUAGGAAAGAACUGCAGAGGCUGGUUUAAAUAGAAGGUAGACACAAAAUGCUAGAGUAACUCGGUGGGACAGGCAGCAUAUCUGGAGAGAAGGAAUGGAUGACAUUUUGGGUUGAGACCCUUCUGACUAUUCUGGGUUCUGAGCAUUUUGGAAGUGCAUCCAUAUCUCCAUUAGCACCACCAUUGAAAUCCUGGUGAGUAGGUCAUCGGAUCUUGGGCAUUUAUCACAUUCAGUCCCAUUAAGUAU